GAGUCGAGACUCGCUUCGCCUCCGGUUCACCAACUUCAGCUCCCCCUUCAUUAUCUCUUAGGAGGGCCCAGAAGUGUAGAGAUUUAUCCGACAGCCAAUCAUGUACUUCUGACAGCGUGACACUGGGGCAGGGGGAGACGACUACGGAAUCCAUUUGGGACAAGACCAUAGAGAAGGAUAGAGGCCUCUAGUGGCAAAACAAAAUAUAUUAGGAUGGGAAGCGCCAUUGAGGGCUUCCACCAUUGUAAUGAAGUCAACUGGGUGGGACUUCCAACUUCAUUGAAUGAUCCCGCCUGGUGACUCUGUUAGCGUCAUGUCCAACCGGACGGAUCAGCCAAUCAUGAAGAAGAAAAUGUACUACUUCAAAAUUGAGAUUGACAGCAUCGGCAGGGCAGGCAGACGCAAAAUGGCACAGAUGAGUCAUCUAUCUAGCUUUAUGGACGAGACAAUAGUUGCAAGUUCAAAGAGUAAUUUGCAUGCUUUGAGUCGAGUUUUCUGUGAAAAUGGUAUCGGCGGCGUUUAAAGAAACCCAAUCUCUCUUUACUCCAGUGACGGUUUAUUCUCUGCUGGCCUGCGCCACUCAGUUCGUCGUGGGAUACAUCCUCGCGCAGAUAUGGGGAAGAAAAUGCUCUGGAACUGAUAGAUGGGUGCUCGUGUGGCUUUUCUACGACGCAAUUGUGCACAUUACUUUGGAAGGACCCUUUGUUUACAUGUCACUUGUUGGAACCGUGGCAACUUCAGACAAUAUUUUUGCUGAACUUUGGAAAGAGUAUGGAAAGGCAGAUGAGCGCUGGCUCCACUCUGACCCCACCAUCGUCUCCUUGGAGCUGCUGACGGUGGUCCUGGAUGGCAUCCUGGCGCUGGUGCUUGUCUAUGCCAUCGUCAAGGACAAACACUACAGGCACUUUGUCCAGAUCACGUUGUGUGUGUGUGAGUUGUACGGAGGCUGGAUGACCUUCUGUCCAGACUGGCUGGCAGGCAGCCCCAACCUCAACACAAACCACUGGCUCUACUUAUGGAUCUACCUGGUCUUCUUCAAUGGGGUGUGGGUGGUGGUGCCUGGACUGCUGCUGUGGCAAUCAUGGCUGUCACUCAAACGACUUCACCCCUCCUACCAAGCCCCGAAGAAGCAGAAAUAGACAUUAUUUUGUAUGUACAUAGUAGGCAUUGGCACGCCCACUACCUAAAAGCCUGGCUACGCACAAGUAAUAUGCCAUUUAGCAGACAGACAUUAGGUUUAGCAUGUUUUAUUAGUUUAUCAUUAAUAUAAAUAGUGAUGUAUCUGCAAACAAAAAUAUUAGUUUCCCUAGCUAUCUUUCCCCACAUCUCCACAGUGUAACAAUACUCUCCAGUCUCCCUUAGCAGGCACAUUUAACUGAUGUGAUGUUAAGUGUUAAAUCUCAACCAUGUUGAUUGCACAAUCAAAAUGCCCAAAUAUGGAUCCUGUGCUUAGUUCAUAAUUGGAUUGAGAAUCCUGGCUCUUCCACAAUCAUUGUUCUGUUAUAAUCUGCAUUUCAAAUGGCACCCUAUUCUCUUUAUAGUGUACUACUGCUGAGGUACUUUAAUUUUGUUCUAGUUUAAGGUAGUGCACUAUAUAGUCAGUAUCUCCGACUUGUCAAGUGUCUCUCACACAGUGAUAUCUCCACUGACGUGUCUCCUCUCAGCUCUUCUUGAUGAGUUUGGCCACAGAGAGGAAUGCUUGCUGGAGCCCCAUUCCCUUCAGGCUGCUGCAUGCCUAGAUCUGCCAGGCUCGGUCUUUGUAGCUGGGCAGCUCCAGCUGGUUGGACACCUCUCUGAUGUUCAUGGUGUUGGGGAGGUCCUUCUUGUUAGCCAGCACCAUCAGAGGUAUUCCCUUCAUGUUGUCGUCGGACAGAACAUUCUUCAGAGCCUUCUGAGAGUCCCCUAUACUGGCCCGGUCACUACUGUCCACCACGAACACCAUAGCCUUACAGCCCUCCAGGUAGUGUCUAGCUAAUGAUAUUGCAAUUUUAGCAAGUCAUUAGUUGAGGAUAAAAGUUUAUUCUAUUCCAGUACUCUAGCAACCUGAUCAUGGGACCGGAGACAGAAUGUGCAUUUAUUUGUUCUAGACUUUUAACUGUCACACCUGAUUAAACUACACUGAACAAAAAUAUAAACUCAACAUAGUUUUGGUCCCAUGUUUCAUGAGCUGAAAAAUAAGAUUACAUACAUUUUCCAUACGCACAAAAAGCCUCAUCUCAAAUUUUGUGCACAACUGUGUUUACAUCCCUGUUAGUGAGUAUUUCUUCCUUGCCAAGAUAAUCCAUCCAGCUGACAGGUGUGACAUAUCAAGAAGCUGAUUAAACGGCAUGAUCAUUACACAGGUGCACCUUGUGCUGGGGACAAUAAGGCCACUAAAAUGUGCAGUUGUCACAACAAAAUUCCACAGAUGUCAAGUUGAGGAAGCAUGAAAUUGGCAUGCUCACUGCAUAAAUGCCCACCAGAGCUGCUGCCAGAGUAUUGAAUGUUCAUUUCUCUACCAUAAGCUGCCUCCAACGUCAUUUUAGAGAAAUUGCGUCCAACUGGCCUCACAACCGCAGACCACGUAUAACUCCGCCAGCCCAGGACCUCCACAUCUGGCUUCACCUGCGGGAUCGUCUGAGACCAGCCACCCAGACAGAAGAUGAAACUGUCUGUAAUACAGCCCUUUUGGGCAGGGAAAACAUUUUGACUGGCUUGGCCUGGCUCCCCAGUGGAUUGGCCUAUGCCCUCACAGGCCCACACCCCUGCACAGUCAUGUGCAAUCCAUAGAUUAGGGCCUAUUUAAUUCAAUUGACUGAUUUACUGUGACUCAGUAAAAUUAAUUGUUUAUAUUUUUUGUUUAGUCUAAUAACAGGCAUUAUGAUUACUGGAAUGAGAUGUUCGUAGUACUGGGCUAAAACAGAAAUAGAAUAGCACAGAACCAACAACUCGCCUCCAGUUGGCCCUCCUCUCCCACUG